AUGCCGCGCAACUACAACAGCAUGGACGAGACGAUGCCGCUCAAGGGCCCGCCGGCCGUGGACCGCAAGGCGUCGCGCCGCAUCCCGCUGACCGAGAGCGCCAGACGCGCCCAACGGAAGCUGCAGCUGGCCUGCCUGUGCUCGCUGCUCUUCAUGUGCGCCGAGAUCGUGGGCGGCUUCCUGGCCGGCAGUCUGGCCAUCAUGACGGACGCCGCGCACCUGCUGUCGGACGUGGCCGGCUUCUGCAUCUCGCUCUUCGCGAUCUGGGUGAGCACGCUGCCGGCCUCCAAGCGCCUGAGCUUCGGCUUCCAGCGGGCCGAGGUCAUCGGCGCCGUCACGAGCGUGCUGGUCAUCUGGGUGCUCACGGGCGUGCUGGUCUACGCGGCCGUGGAGCGCUUCAUGGAGUGCCUGCAGCCCAACCCGACGGAGCACGUCAACGGCAAGCUCAUGUUCAUCGUGGCCUGCAUCGGCCUGGCCGUGAACGUGAUUCUCAUGCAGAUCCUGGGCCACGGCCACUCGCACGGAGGAGACGGCGGCCACGGCCACUCGCACGGAAGCGGCAGCCACGGCCACGCGCAUGGCGACAGCAGCAGCAGCGCCAGCUCCAGCGACGAGGAGGGCCAUGGCCACGCGCACGGAGGCCACGGCCACUCGCACGGGGGUCAUGGCCACUCCCACUCGGGUCACGGCCAUUCCCACGGCGCGGACCUCGAGAAGGGCCAGAAGACGGACAAGGCCCAGGGAAAGAAGAAGCUCGAGAACUUGAACAUCCAGGCCGCCUACAUCCACGCGCUCGGCGACUUCAUCCAGAGCGUGGGGGUGUGCAUCGCCGGCGGCCUCAUCUGGUACAAGCCCGAGUGGCAGAUCGCCGACCCCAUCGCCACCUUCAUCUUCUCGGUGCUGGUGCUGGCCACGACCAUCGGCAUUGUGCGCGACAGCAUCCACGUGCUCAUGGAGGGGACCCCCGACGGCAUCCACGCCGACGAGAUCGAGCGCGGCCUGCAGAACUGCUCGUCGGUCGUGGCCAUACACGACCUGCACAUCUGGUCGCUGAGCGCCGGCCUGCCCUCACUCAGCGUGCACCUCGUGUCGGACGACGCCGAGACGGCGCUCCACGCGGCGCAGCGCUACCUCAUGUCCAAGGGCAUCACGCACACGACCAUCCAGAUCGAGAAGACGGCCACGCUGUACCCGCGCGACUGCACGUCCGACCUCAAGUGCGGCCAGGACUCCCCGCAAAAUAGCGACUAG